GGGGCAAGAACAUCAACAAGACGCAGGCCAGAAAAUGGAGUCAAAGAUAGGUCAACCUUCGUAUUUUCGUAGUGGUGGAACUUGUAGGUAGGCAUCCCAAAAUGAACUUGUUUCAUAUGGCCUUGAAUGCAAUUUGUUUGAAAGAACUGUGUGACUAAAUGCAAUUCAUUUGUGUUCAGUACUAGGCCAACAAUUCAUCUUCCUCUGAAAAUGUGCUGUUGCACCGGGCAUUUUUUUUGUCUGGCAGCUGCAAAGGUCUUGACUCUAAUGUUUGCAAACUUGCAAUAUUUGAAUAACAUGAACAAAGGUGAAGUUGUGGUGGAGCACGAGGCAUGGUGUAUGUGACGUAGUAUGUUAACCGCUUGUGUGCCAUUUGCUGUAGUCUGUUGAAAAAUAAAGACUACUUUAUUUGACAAACAAUAAUGGAACAAUAUGGGUUUCCGUACCAUGACUCCUAUGAACGUCCUUUAAUUACUAGAAGGAUUUGCAGGUAUGGUUUUGGUUUGAGAACUGGGCCGGGUUUCUCUAACACAGCCCAUCUAUUCUGGAGAACUUUGUUCAGUCUUCGAAUAACCUAACGCAGCAGGCGUGUCUUGAUCUGCUGCAAUGAUGUUUACAUCCGGUUGUAGCGCACAAAAGUUGUAUUGGUCAACUUGUGCGACUAAAGAGUAAUGGGUUUCUGUUAAGAGCAGUUAUCGAUUUAGCUUUUAACGUUAAUUGGAAAUCGUUAUAACUAAACUUUUGAAAUGUCGUUGCUAUGGACUUCACUGCCUCCAGUUGCUAGCUAGCUAACGCCUAACUAACAAGUUCGGUUAAAGGGUUCGAAUCCCGGUCACACCACACCCACAUUGAGAAGAGCAUGAGCUUGCCUUGCAGUUUUGACGUUUGUUUGUUUGCUGAUGUCCCAUUGCUGAGUCUCAAAUCGACAGUGAAUGUGAUGGCUACAUGACAUAUGUUUUACAGGCAAUUCAUGAACGGUUCAUGCAGAUUCGGUUCGAGCUGUCAUUAUCUACACGAGUGGCCAUCAGUGUUGCCGCCGACAUCCCAAAUAUGCAGGUACUUCCAGAAAGGUGGAUGCUGGUUUGGAGAUGGCUGCAGGUGAGACACAAAAUUCAUAAUGGCCUGACUCUUACUAUUCAGGCUACCUUAUAAACCUUUACACUACAUACUUUCUGAGUCAUGGAAUUCGCUUUUGCCUAUUCUCCAGAUAUCUCCACAUCACUGAUGCUGAGGCAGCCAAUGCGGGGUUGAGUAGGAGGGGUUCAGCACCUGUGGUUCACACCCCGUGGGUUGGCCAUGCUCUACCAGAACGUAGAGGAUCAGAGCCCUCUCUACUGCAGGCACAGGGCUUCUACAGCCAAGGACGCAGGGGCUCAGAGUCCAUGCAUACCUAUUUAGCACACCUGCAGCACAACUUUGGCCGUCAGAACACAGAUAUCACAGAAGAGGAUGUAGCCGAAGGUUCAUCGCAGACUUCACCUCAACGACAGGGUAUGACCUCAAUUGGUCCCCUUAGCUAGGUUUUACCCUGGUAUUGGGGUAUACUGUUGGCCUGGUUCCUGAUCUGUUUGUGCAGUCAAAUGUUUGGCAUUAUAAUGACCAUAGGGGUUAGCAAGGUUGCACAAAUGGAUCUGGGACCAGGAUGGUGUAUUGUAGUACUGUACAGAGGAAUUUGACUAUAUAUAUACAUGUAGUAGUACUUGGUUGUAACAAUGUCCCUUUUUUGGCAGCGGAGUCAUCACACGCUAAUGUCACAGAUCCCCAAGCAUCUGUCCAACAGUGUCCCGAGACAUCGGCCCAAACUACAGUUCCAUCCAGCACACUGUCAGCUCAAGCAGGCGAAUGGAGGCCUCUAGUCAAUCAGCAGGUUUGUCAUUGUUAUGGAAAUAAGGUUAUUUUGGGGUUACUUUCUCUGCUACCUCAUGGAAAAUGUUUAUGCAAUCUCAAAGUCAAGACUCAAGAUGUAGAGUAUACUCUGAUGGCACAUGGAAAUAUUUCGUUUUUGUUCUUUGUGUAAUGGAUUCAAGAUUGUCGUAGAUGCUUGCGCCACAGCUUGAAAUGUCUCCACCGCUGCGGAAUUUGAUAAUUUUUGGUGGCACAGCUGGUUAAUACAUUGUCAAGCAGGGCGGCCAUGUGUGUUGGCGAGGCAGAGGGCGCAAGAUCAACUACUGGUUAGGAUGUUGAGCGCGGAUGCAAUACUGCUAAGCAGCACAAUGAAGCCUGUUCCAUUUGUACUUAGCAGGAGCCUUCCUCCCAGGAGGUAGCAGCAGAGCGUGGUGCCUCCUCUGCAACUGCUGCCUUCCAGACGGAACAGGAGCAUACGGACUACUUCAACCAAAGUAAAGAUGUGACCUGUGGCAUCUGCAUGGAGACAGUGUACGAGAAGACCCGUGCUGAGGAGAGGCGCUUUGGCAUCCUGCCCAACUGCAGCCAUCCUUUCUGCCUGAGCUGCAUCGUCACCUGGAGGAAAACCAAAAACUUCCAGGAAGAAGUUAUAAAGUAAGAGGGCCGGGCAGCAUAGUUUAUGGCUAUAUUUUUUUGUUUUACGAAGCGGGUCCUGUUUUUGUAUGUUGUUUUUUUUACUUGCCUGGAAGGGCUAACUUUCUGUAUCUACUCUUUGCCAAAGGGGCUGCCCACAGUGCAGAGUGAAGUCUGCGUUUUACGUCCCUAACAAGUACUGGGUGGAAGGACAACCAAAGGAAAUCCUUAUCCGUAACUUCAAAGAGAAAUGCAGGUUAGCUUUUAUCAUUCUGGCUAGAAUUAUGUCUUUCUGGGAUCUUGGCUUUAAAGGAAUGUGACUCUUCCUGAUUAAUCAAGAACUCCUGCUUUUCCGACAUGUCCUCCAUUCUGGUUAUUGAAACGUGCCUGUCCCCUAGUCAUAAUUAUGAUUUUCUGUUGUCCUGAUCACAUCCCUAUUCUUCCAGUAAAAGAAGAUGUAGUUUCUUCAUGCGUCAUGGAUGCUGUCCCUUCAAGACUGAGUGUCUCUAUUGGCAUGACCUGCCUCAUGGCUACAGACCACCUCGCCGACGCAGAUCAGAUCAUUCUGUAAAUAUUUGACAGAUUACUUUAGCUUCACACACACAGUUCAACAUAGAUAAAUAUAAACUGAAACAGACAUUUUAGAUUUUGUGACCACUCAAUGCAUUUCUAAAUUGCAAAAGCUUUUUUUGUUUUGUUGCUCUUAUCUAAUAGCACCAUGCGAUGAGUCUGGAUGAUUUGGGCAGCCUACAACUUCUUGACUAUGUCAUUGCGAUGACUCUACUGGAUGACUUGCUGGAUGAUGAUGAUGACGACGAUGAUGAGUUCCCUCUGUACCUGAGUGAAUAUGACGAUUAUGGUCUAUUCUGA